AUGGCACAAACAUCAAACAGUCAGCUGACCUACCCUCCAGAAGAGGUUGAUGCAUUGAAAAUGUUGUCUAUAAACCAACACAAACUUGGACAUGCUGUUGAAGAAGCUUUAGAAGUCGAAGAAAAAACUACCAUAAAAAAGGGCACUCUGAUGAGCAAUUUCGACACUGGCAACCAGGUCCAGUUGGUUUCAAAAGCCAGUGGGCGAACUUUGAGGAUAAUCCAGGCUCGGUCUGGUCAACUUAAAGUGGACAGCAGGGGAGACCUGGGCGGGCAGGAAUGGAAUGCUGUAUGGACAGUUAUUAAUGAAGGUCACAAUCAGAUUCGCCUUCACAAUAACUUUAACUUUCUGGCAAUAGUAAAUGGCGAAACCACUGUUAUACAUGUG